GUUUGACGAAUCAAUCACAUUUCUCCCCGUAAUCUACUACUGCGACGCUCGUUUCUGUCUUUUCUUUGCGUUCCCGCCUGCCUAUUAUGUCUUUCCCCCUUCCACUGCGGAGAACCGAUUUACCGGACCCAUCGGCGGGGCGUUGCCAGAGAUAAGAGAUUUUCAUACCUGCACUUUAUUACCUUAGCUCAUACCUAGAGAUACACCACUACAUACUACUACUACCUACUACACUUCAUAUAUAAAGAUGGUGGAGCUUUUAAGACUCUUUAUCUGCUCAUUCAGCCUCCCUUCGCAUAUACUCUUGCCUCCCCCUUCCCUACACGUCUAAGUCCCAUAAAAGCCCUUACACUUCUACCACCGCGCUUUACCAUUCAGUGAAGAGACUAAAAACGAAGAUGUCGACUAAUCUCGAAUCGGAAACCUCUUUCGACAAGGCCAACAACACCACCGGAGUUCGGGUCCUUCCCAUAUUUGAAGGUGAACCAGCCCUUGGCCACGUUCCAACCUCAAGGAGAAACAAGUUCAAAUCGGUCAUGAAGUCUUUGGUUACCAAAGAUGGAUGGUUAGGCAACUAUGAUUAUGGGGCUCUCAUGAUCCCUUACAUUCCCUAUAUCACCAAGAAGCAGAACAAGGAACUGCCAUUCUACGGCGUUAACGAGAGACUUCCCCAUCUCCUCUUAUUCCUCUUGGGUCUUCAACAUGCUCUUGCCAUGGUUGGUGGUCUCGUUACCCCCCCUCUUCUUCUCGCCGGUCCUGCGGGUGCCAACCUCGGUACCGAGGCUCAGCUCUACCUCGUCUCUGCUUGUCUUAUCUGGUGUGGUAUCGGUACAUGUAUCCAGGUCAGCCGUGUCAAAAUUUGGAAAACCAAUUACUACUUUGGAACUGGUUUGAUCUCUGUUACUGGUACUUCUUUUGCCUUUGCCAACGUCGCUCUCUCCUGGUUGUCUCAAGCAUACGCCGAUGGUACUUGCUCUUAUGCUGAAGAUGGUGUCACCAAACUUCCAUGUCCUGACGAGUUUGGAGCCAUCCUCGGUACAGCCACUCUCACCGGUAUUUUUGCUAUCGGUCUCGCCUUUGUCCCUCCCAAGGCUAUUCGAAAGGCCUUUCCUCCGCUUAUUACAGGUACCAUGCUCAUGUUUAUUGGCGCUGCUCUUGUCUCUUCGGGUGUCAAUAACUGGGCUGGUGGCUCCGGUACUACCUGCGCGUCUGACCACACUGUCAAAUGUGUGGCUGGUACCAGGGAGGAGUAUUGGGGUUCCGCUUCCUUUAUCGGUCUUGGUUUCUCUUGUUUCGCCGUCAUCGUCCUUUGUGAGCUUUUUGGUUCAGCUUUUAUGAAGUCGGCCUCUGUCUUCUUUGGUCUUAUCGUCGGUAUGGUCAUCGCCGCUGCCACUGGUUACUUUGACAAGGGUACUAUUACCAGCGCUCCUGCCGGUAAUUUCCUUUGGGUUCACACUUUCAAACUGUCUUUGCGCGGUCAACUUGUCUUACCUAUGAUUGCUGCUUGGGCCGUCAUCAUUGCUGAGACCAUCGGUAAUGUCACCGCAAGCUCCGACGUCUCUCGCUUAGAAAUUUCGGGUGAAGGCUUUAUGUCCCGGGUUCAGGGCGGUAUGCUUGCAGACUCUAUCAUGGCCACCAUUGCCGGUCUCGCCACUGUCCCACCUCUUACUACCUUUUCCCAAAACUCUGGUGUCAUCGCCCUUACUCGAAAUGCUUCUCGUUCUUCCGGUUACAUGUGUGCUUUCAUCUUAUUCUUGAUGGGUAUCAUUGGUAAAUUCGGUGCCAUAUUCUGUGCUGCCCCCAGCUCUGUCAUUGGCGGUUUCACCACCUUCCUGUUUGGCGCUGUCACUACCUCUGGUGUCCGAGUCCUGGCCUACUGCAAGUGGACUCGACGAGACCGAUUUAUUGCUACUGUUGGUAUCGCCCUCGGUAUGGCGAGCUUGUGUGUGCCCGAUUGGUUCAGCUACUUUUUUACUUACACCGGUUCCAAUGACGGUAAGAGGGGUCUGCUCCAAGCCAUUGUCCUCAUCGUCGAAGAGCCUUACCUCAUCUCUGCCUUGGUCAUGAUCUUUCUCAACCUCUGUAUCGCCGACGAGUUCCCUGAGGAAGGAUCUUCCUCUACCGAAGAACAGAAACGGGAAUGGAACGAACCAAUUCCCCUUGCGGGCGGCCCUUCCGGUAUUUUGCACCAUACCACUUCUUCUUUGUCUGUCGAGCGGGAGAGGGAAGCUGAAGGUGUUGAGCUUAGAGAUUAGAAUGAGACUUCUUUCUUUUAAAUGCUCUUUUACGAUUUUAAUUACUUACGUACUUUCCCUACGUAUACUGUAGUCGUUUAUUUAUUUAACGAGUUGUUGAGCACCCAAUUGUCCGUCUUGUUUUUCAAUUGUCCUUUUGGUUGUUCUUAUUGCGGCCGAUAUCUCCUCAUCACAUAGCCAAAUAUAGUUUAUGCAUCCGGCUCGAAUGCCCGCUCAGAAAACAAUAAUGCGAUACCUGCACAUAGCAUAUGGGAAUUCUGUCUGCAACGAACCAACUAAGUUUU